AUGUACAAGCGCGGCGAUGUGGUUGCAGUAGAUCCAAACCCGUUGCCAAAUGGCCACGUCUUGAUGGGAGACAAAGGGAUGAUCCCCGAAGGAGGGGAUGUACUGUUCGUUCGCAAAGUGGCAGCGGCAGAGGUAUCCAAGCAUCGACUGACUGACAUCAGACUGUUGCCUAUCUCUUUCGAUGCUCAGGGGGUUAGGCGCAAAGAGUUUUCUAUUGCUGUGAGUCUGAUGGACGAUGACCCUCCACAAGGUGGUGGGCUUCAGUUGUCAGGCCCGAGCUCAGCUUUGAAGCUUCUGAAGGACAUGCGAGAUCAGCAGUUCACGCCUAGCACCUUCCAUGAGCAUUGGCUGAGAACGUCAGAGAUUCCACGCGGAGACAGGUCUACAUAUGAGCAUGAGUGCCUGUCGCGCAUCAUGGAUGCGAUGAUAAUUGUAGACCAGUUGAAUGUGCCUGCCUUGCAGUCUGCCGAGCUCAUCUUUAGGCGACUUCAGGUGAUUCGUCAGGCCCAUCGAGCUUCGCCAAGCAAUCCGGACUACAGCAGUGCUGAUUAUUACAUGGGUUGGAAAUACAAGAAGGCGGCAGCUGGCAUCGACAGUGAGCUCUCUGCCUAUGUUGCUGGUGAACUCAAGACUGAGGCCGCGAUCCUCAAGGAAAGCCGCAAAGCAAAAGAGGAGCAAGAUGCACGCCGCCGCGGUAAGGCCAAAGCAAAGGCCCAGGCCGAUGGCGGCGGGGCGAUGCCGGAAGCAGAAGUCAAUUGCAUGUCCGGAGUGGGGAAUUCAUUUCAAGGAGAUUCUCAUGACCUGGCCGCUCGCAACCGCGAGCUCUUUCCUUUACCACUUUGCGAGGAGGUCUUGAACGAGAUGUAUGCUCCUAGCCGAGAUGGCGACUUUUGUGGCUCGGGUUGCACGGCUUCGCAGAAGGCGGCGCAGCAUGAGAUUUUCAAGGCAGUGGCCAGAAGUUCCUUGCCGAGUACAUUUUUGUCGGAGUGUGGGGCUGUUCAAGAGCUCCUGCAUACCAGCCUCGCCUACGAUGGCAACGAGGCUUCGACGACGGUUCGUCCUUACGAGAGGGGCCUAGUCAGCAUACCUUCCUGUGGUCAUCAGGCUGUGGGACUCAGUGACGUGCUUGACGAUAGCGGCCGGGACAUCGUAGAGGACCCUUCCAGAUGUAUGCUUUUGAAUUCAGAUGAGUGGGGAGAGAAAAUCGAGAGCCAUGAGGGAUUCAGUCCAUAUAUGGAUGAAGUUCUGAGGAAGGAUCCUGCCCAGUAUAGCGUCUUUGUGAAGGACCUCGCGGAUGCGGGCAUGGUUUCAUUCACGUCAGAGCCCAAAGACUCGGUCACGCCUUUCUUCGUGAUAAAGAAAAACAAGAAGCUCAGACUUAUCUUGGAUUGUCGAGGUGUGAACCGUCGUUUCCGCCCUCCUCCUCCGCUGGCUCUUGGGUCAGGCGCAUCGUGGAGUCAGUUAUCUAUUCAGAAGGGGGAGACGUUGUACAUGGCGCAGUCUGACAUAAAGGACUACUUCUACAGCCUGUGGGGGCUACGGAGCGAGCAGUGGAAUGGAACGGAUCGAGGAGGUCUCAGCAUCGACCGGGUCCUGGUAGACAACAAACCCGCCCCUGACCUCAGCAACGGAGAGCCAGUAUUGUUGCCCUACGCGGAUAACCUCAAUGUUGCCGGCAUUGAUGCUCGCAAGGUGCAGAUCGCUAAAGACGGCGCCGUCUCCAGGCUCCGUCGGUUGGGAUUUUUGGUGCAUGAAGAGAUUGAUGCUGUCGACGCGGUAGACUCCCUAGGGUUUCGCAUUGAUGGCAAGCGGGGCCUGGUCACACCCAUUCCGGAGAGGCUUCAUCGAGUGGUGGUUUGCUUCCGAUGGUUCGCUCGAAGGCCGCGGGUAAGUACCAAAGCAGUUCAGCAACUUUUGGGACACGCGGUGCAUUUCAUGAUGGUCCGUAGGGAGUUGCUCAGCACCAUGCGUGGGCUCUAUGAUUUUGUUCAGCGCAUGGGGGCAGGCAAGCAUCGGUUAUGGUCAAGUGCUGCACGGGAAGCCAGGUGGAUUUCCAACCUGCUGAGGGUGUGCUCGACUGAUCUGACUCGCCCUUGGUCGGAAAGAGUCAGUGCUUCGGAUGCCUCGCUGUCGGGCAUAGCCGUGUGUCUUCGAAGUGCAUCGCCCACCCAAGUGUCAGUCAUUGGAAGAACUCGCGAAAACUGGAGGUUCAAAGGGGUGGCCCCUGAGAGUAGGCCGCGCUUGGUGCUUCAACAAGCUGGGGACCCAUUUGAGGACCCUGCCACGGUCAAGCCCCAAGGAGCGUAUAGACUGGAUCCGUUCGAGCUUAGUGAGAACUUCACCGAACUACCUCAAAGCUUCAUGGAACCUGGCGAGUGGCACCUUGCAUUCAAUCAGCGCAUGCAGUUUGAGGAGCACAUCACGUUGUUAGAGGGGCGGGGCAUUGUUGCUGCUAUUCGUCAUAAGGCCAGAUGUUUAGAGGCAUUUGGAAAGAGACAUUUGCACAUCAAUGACAACCUUGGCAUGGUACUUGCAGUAGACAAGGGGCGUAGUUCCUCCAUGGACAUUUUGAAGGUCUGCCGACGUCUGGCCUGUCUUAUCAUUGCGCUCGGUUCCUCACUAACCUGCAGAUGGGUGCCCAGUGAGUGGAACGUUGCGGACGCAGGCUCUCGCAAGUGGGAGCACCUCCGCGUGCAGCAUGCUGCUGGGGAUCUCAAGUGGGCUCCGACGAGUCGCAAACGUCCCCAAGCAGCCAUCCGAACAUCUUUAGAAGGCCCCUCCAAAGAAGUCAAGGCCGAGAAACGGCGAAAGUUUCUGGACCAGAAUGCGAUGGAGCCUCGUUUUCAGGGUCAGACUCGCCUGGAACGUGCAGCCGUCACAGUGGCAGUGGCCAAGGAUUAUUCGGAAAGGAUGCGGCAGUUCAGAGCCUUUGCAAAGCAGAACCAUUUGAGUCUCCACAAGACGAAAUUCGAUGGCACCUUAUGCGAGUAUCUCAAUCAUUUGUUCGAGGAAGGCUGCGAUCUGGGAGACGGCAGCAAGUCACUGGCCGCAGUCAUGGAUGCAUACCCAUCCUUUUCCCAGAAAGGGAGCCUGCAGAGGUCGAGAAGAGCUCUGCAAGGGUGGCACAAACUGGAUCCAGGAAGAACGCGUCCACCACUGCCGUGGCCUCUUGUUACAUACCUCGUUUUGACUAUGCUGAAAGCGAAACAGCUGAAGUCGGCAGUAGCAGUGCUGCUCAUGUUCGUUGCAUACCUUCGUCCUGGAGAAGCACUGAGCCUCAGAAACGAGGAUCUCGUGGAACCCUCUAUCGUUCAUCCGCACUACACGCUCAACCUCCAUCCCGAGGAGCGGAUGGAAACUUCCAAAAUGGGGUUGUCCAACGAAUCCGUGAUGCUGGACAGUCCUACAGUGCCGUUCCUGGGAAGAAUGCUGGAAAAGUUACGUGGCCGCGAAGCUGGGGGGCUGCUGCUGGGUCUGGAUUAUCAUCAACUCCGCAAUCACUGGCAGGCAGCGCUCCUUCGAAUCAAGCUCGCCAACAAUCACGCAGUUCUCUACCAGCUAAGGCAGAUGGAUGAGCGACAAAUCCACAAAAGGUACGAGGCUCAUGCGCGGAUCAAUCAAGAAUUCCACAAGCUUCCGAAGCAGGUGCAACAAGCAUCUCGCCAGGCAGCCGAGAAUUUCCCACAGGAGGCCCAAAGACUUUUUACUC